UUUGUUUCAAGUUUUCUCUCCAGCUUGCGGAGAUCACAUGUGAGGUUGUUGCAUCACAGAGUUUGGUCCCUUAUUUAAACACCUUCUUCUUCUCCAUGAAUUUCUCCAUAAAUGUAAAUAAAUUCUCCAUCUUCUUCCUCCUCUAUUGGUUAUCUCCUCAGAUAAUAACAAAUGGCCCAACUCGCAGCCAUCUUGCUUGGAUUCUUCUGCUAUCUUACCAUCACAGUCCACGCAUUUUUGCCUUCUGGGUGGACUAAAGCUCAUGCCACGUUUUAUGGAGGCAGCGAUGCAUCAGGAACAAUGGGGGGAGCCUGUGGUUAUGGUAAUCUAUAUUCUACUGGGUACGGAACAAGGACUGCUGCUCUUAGCACUGCGUUAUUUAACGAUGGAGCUUCAUGUGGACAAUGCUACAAGAUCAUGUGCGACUACCAAGUAGAUCCCAAGUGGUGCAAGAAAGGAGUAUCCGUCACCAUUACUGCAACAAACUUCUGCCCUCCUAACUAUGCUCUCCCAAACAACAAUGGCGGCUGGUGCAACCCUCCUCUCCAGCAUUUUGAUAUGGCUCAGCCUGCUUGGGAAAAGAUCGGUAUUUACAGAGGUGGGAUCGUGCCUGUUAUCUUCCAGAGGGUGCCCUGCAAAAAGCAUGGUGGAGUUAGAUUCACCAUCAAUGGCAGGGACUACUUCGAGCUUGUUUUGAUCAGCAACGUAGCUGGAGCUGGAUCCAUCAAAUCAGUAUCCAUCAAAGGAUCAAAAACAGGUUGGACAGCAAUGUCAAGGAACUGGGGAGCUAAUUGGCAAUCCAACUCCUACCUCAAUGGCCAAUCUUUGUCCUUCCAGGUCACCACUACAGAUGGGGUAACCAGAGUCUUUCCAAACGUUGUGCCAUCAAACUGGGCAUUUGGUCAAUCCUUCUCCACCAAAAUACAGUUCUAAAUUACAACCAUUGAAUUUUAGCUUUUGGGUUGAAAUUGGCAGAGGCGUGCUUAUCAUUUUACUCAAGCAGCCCGCCAAACAUUUCCAGAUCAAGCAAAACAACUGGGAUGGUUAGAUCAUAUGAAUGACUAGUUUUCUCAGGCUGGUUAUGGAGAUGAGAAACUUGACCCACGAACUCAAGGAAAACUUAAUAAGGCCUUUUCUGCAUUUCUUUUCCUAGUAAAAUACAGAGAGCCUGAUAUACAGAGUGAUGCUUUCUUAUAAUUUUUCUUUUUUUUUUUCCUCUGAAUUGAAAAAUUAUUUUAUGCUGAAACAUAUUUAUAUAAUAAGAAGCUCAAUGAAAUCAGUUGCAGCUUCAUCAGAUGUAAACUUCCACAUGUAUUUUCUUUACUUGCAAAUAGA